ACUUAUUCUCUUUGAAUUGUGCCUCCGAACGGGUUAGGCCUCGACCGCGUGCGCUCCGCCGUUUUCAAGUUUGCCAGUGAAAAACCCCAGAAAAACCUCCGAAAUGGCAAAGAAAGCCGAUCCCUACGCAUUCGCAAAGGAUUUCCUGGCCGGCGGCAUUUCCGCUGCCGUCUCGAAAACGGCCGUCGCACCGAUCGAGCGCGUCAAGCUGCUGCUGCAGGUCCAGGCUGCUUCGAAGCAGAUCAAAGUAGAGCAGCAGUACAAAGGUAUCGUCGAUUGCUUCGUUCGCAUCCCGAAGGAGCAGGGCAUCGGUGCCUUCUGGCGCGGUAAUUUGGCCAACGUUAUCCGGUAUUUCCCGACGCAGGCCCUGAACUUCGCCUUCAAGGAUGUCUACAAACAGGUCUUCCUUGGCGGCGUCGACAAGAACACCCAGUUCUGGCGCUACUUCCUCGGAAAUCUCGGAUCCGGCGGAGCUGCCGGUGCCACGUCGCUCUGCUUCGUCUACCCGCUUGACUUCGCCCGUACACGUCUGGGUGCCGACGUUGGCCGCGGCGCUGGUGAACGCGAGUACACCGGUCUGCUGGAUUGCUUGAAGAAGACCGUCAAGUCGGACGGCAUCAUCGGUCUGUACCGUGGCUUCAACGUGUCCGUUCAGGGUAUUAUCAUCUAUCGUGCGGCCUACUUCGGUUGCUUCGAUACCGCCAAGGGAAUGCUGCCAGACCCGAAGAACACUUCGAUCUUCGUUUCUUGGGCCAUCGCACAGGUUGUGACGACGGCUUCUGGUAUUAUUUCGUAUCCGUUCGACACCGUCAGACGGCGAAUGAUGAUGCAGUCUGGCCGUGCCAAGGCUGACAUUAUGUACAAGAACACGCUCGACUGCUGGGUCAAGAUCGGCAAACAGGAGGGUAGCGGCGCAUUCUUCAAGGGUGCGUUCUCCAACGUCCUGCGUGGUACUGGCGGUGCGCUGGUGCUCGUCUUCUACGACGAAGUUAAGGCUCUGUUGGGUUAAGCUCUAGUUGUAUUUAGUAAUGGAAAGGUGGUGUGUCGAGCUAAGCUGAGCUGGCCAAGCAAAAGCACACCGAGUUUGUGAGCGCGUGAACCUGCUACAACUAUUACUACUGCUACUGCCGGCUGUGCUACCCAGACUCCCACUCAGACAGAAAGAAAUCAUCGCAUACACGCUCCAAAUCGCACUGCAUUAUACCAAACAACAGCAAAGGCAACAGUGCAACAAAUGCAGUGCGCGGGUCACUCGAACUUUGAGCGAAGCGCAGCAUGAGACACAGAAAUCGCGCGCUAUCGUGCCGUCGUUCUUGCUUUUCCCGGAUUAAAACGAGUGCAAUGCAACAAAAGGAACAGAAAACCAUAAUUAAACAGAAAAAAGAAAAAUAGAUUCGAAAUAUGACCAUCGUUGAAAAAAGAAAUAAACAAUAGGUAUUUAUUUUAAAGUA